AUGACAAAGAAUCAGAAGCAAGCAACUGGCGGUUAUACUAUCAAGCCUACACAUAAUAAAAAUGAUUUUAUCAAGAGCGGUAUCAAUGAGAACAAUAAUCUUAACACUAAGAAUAUCAGUUACGGAAUACCACUUGAACCCGAGCCUCGAUUCGUUAAAGCUGACGGCCUGAACUGGUUAACGACAGCCCUGUUUCUUGUGGCCGAUAUGGCUGGAGGAGGUGUUGUUGCGAUGCCGAUUGCAAUGCUUCAAUCAGGUUGGCAAUUUGUGAAGCUUUUUGACGUCCGGAUUUCUGCUUAUAGACUCCAGAGACAGUGGAGUUCAAGUGAGGUCAAUGAGAGUGAGAUUAGAACGGGAAUGUGA